AUGGAAGGCACUCACUGCUCCCUCCGAUUGCGUAAGCCCAUUACUGAACUCUGCUACAUCAGCUUCUACCUUCCACGGGGGGAAGUCCGAGGAUUUUCAUACAAGGGCACUGUAACCCUAGACAGAUCCAAUAAGGCAUUUCAGAACUGCUACCAAGUCAGGGAGGGGUCAGACGCCAUCAGCCUCAGUCUACAGCCGGAUGAACAUCCAGGGGACAUAUUUUUCAAGCAGACUCCCACGAAGGACAUCCUAACUGAGCUGUACAAACUCACAGCAGAGAGGGAGAGACUGCUGGCCAAUCUCCUCAGCUCAGACCACAUCCUGGGGAUCACGAUGGGGAGCCAGGAGGGGAAGCUGCCGGAGCUGUCUGUGAGUCUGGCCCCUGAGGACGACUGUUUCCAGAGUGCUGGCGGCUUGCAGGGAGAGCCCCUCGUGGGCUGUCUCAAUAAGAGGAGCAAAAAGCCCCGGAGGUUUGGGGGAGGGGGAGAGAGUACGGAGGCGCUUCCACAGAAGAGGACAAGAAGAAAAGGGCGUGGGGGCCAGGAAUCGGCUCCUCCGAUGGGGAGGGACCAUAUCUGUUCCGGCAACUCCCUUCCUCUUUCUGGAGAGAGGCCUAAUCAUGGGCUUUUAGAGGAGAGAGACUACCUGCUCCCAGGUAGGGCCCGUUCCUCUUCCCGGCAGAGAGAAAGCUGCCCCCCGGAGAUCGCCAGGACGCUGGACCCUGACCCUGGCUUUGGGAGCUUCGGGCUCACUUCUGAGGAUGCUGAGCUUGGAAGAGGAGGGUCGCCCCCUGACUGCAGCUCCACGGAGCCAGGGGACCGUGGUGCUGAGGAGCUAUCAAGGGCGCCUCACAGGCCGGCACAUCAGCAGACCGGUUUCUCUGGAAGUCACAAGCACCCCGAGAAGCAUCCACCCAUAGAGAGGGGCCGGAGGGAGAAGUGUGCUGAGCGGACUCACAGGAAGAAACAUGUUUCCAAAGUGGUGGCCAAAGUCCAGGACCUGUCUGCUCAGGUGCACAGAGUAGUUCAAAUGCAUCCUGAGGGCGAAGGAAAGCUUGCUGUUUGCCUAGCAGCCCAAGCUGAGUUCAUUCCCAGCGCAGACGUGCUCACCCUCCCAGCAGCCAAGGCUGGGGCUCCUGGUUCCAAGCAGCAGGGCAAGGAGCAGCUCGGGGACGGGUCAUGGCAGUCACCGGCCAGGGAAUGUCCUCCAGCCAGCACCGAGGGGGCUGUGAACAAGGUCCUCCUGAAGGUGAUAGAGAGUGAGAAGUUAGUUGAAGCCACUGAGGGCAAGAGGCUGGGCUUCCCCCUCAGCAGGACAGCCCCCCGCACCCUCCCGGACACUGGAAGCAAGAGGAGAGCUGGGCGGUCUCUGAGCGGCCACAAGACCUUGUUUCUGGAUCUGCCCUGCAGUGCUGGCCCUGACUCCUCACAGGGCGGAGGUGGUGAGAGGCCGCCCCCACCAGCUCUGGGCAUGGUAUUUAAUAAUUCAUCCUCUCAGUCUGGCACACACACACGGAUGUCACCUGUUCCCUUGCCUCUCUCUCCAAGGCUCCCCAGCCCUCCACAGCACCACAGGCCCCUCCGGCUGCCUGGAGAAAGGGAGGCCACUCUUGAUGACUCUCCUGGUAGAAAAAGUGGUACCUUCCCCGGGUCCACCCCUGCUGACACCUUGGAGCCAUCAUCCUCUGCGAAGGUCACGGAGACCAAAGGAGCCAGCUCGGCCUUCCUCAGAGCAGACCAACCUCGGUUGGUGCCUGGGGAGCCUUUGGAAAAGAUCUUGGGGCCCGGGAGGAUCACAGCUCAGCCUCAGCACCAGUCAUCUCCAGAAUAUCAAGCUGCUAUUUUACACUUGAAGAGGGAGCACAAAGAGGAAAUUGAAAACCUACAGGUUCAGUUUCAACUUCAGGCCUUUCACAUCCGGGGUGAGCAUGCAGUGAUAACAGCAAGACUAGAAGAAACCAUCGAAAAUCUCAAACACGAGAUAGAGCACAGAUGGCGAGGAGGAUGUGAAGAGAUGAGAGAUGUGUGUAUUUCCACCAAUGAUGACUGCCCUCCCAAGACCUACAGAAAUGUGUGCAUCCAGACAGACAGAGAGACUUUCCUCAAACCCUGUGAAGGGGAAGGCAAGACAACCAGAAGUAACCAAAUAAUACCCAAAAAGCUGAACAUCUCCUCUCUAAGCCAACUCUCCCCCCCAAAUGACAACAAAGACAUCCUUGCACCACUUCAGUCUGUGGGAUGCAUCUCACCGAGCCAGGAGAAGGCAUCGCCUCUCCCCCCAGCUCCACCCCCACCAGCAGCCAUUCCCCCCCCUCCUCCCCUACCACCUGGGCUUGGGCCUUUGCCACCAACACCUCUGCCACCCCCUGUGAGUGCAGGGCCACCACCACCUCCGCCACCUCCUCUGCCUCCAAGCACUGGACCUCCCCCGCCUCCUCCCCCACCACCGCUUCCUAGCUCAACUGUUUUGCCCAGCAGUGGGGGGCCUCCUCCUGCUCCAACACCCCCAGGACUUGUGCCCCCACCUCCUCCUGGCCUCUUCUUUGGAGUCGGCCCUUCUUCUAGCCAAUGUCCUCGGAAGCCAGCCAUUGAGCCCAGUUGUCCCAUGAAGCCUCUGUAUUGGACUAGAAUACAAAUAAGUGAUAAGAGCCAAAGCGCUACACCAACCUUAUGGGACUCCUUAGAAGAACCUGAUAUUCAGGAUCCUAGUGAAUUUGAGUAUUUAUUCUCCAAAGACACAACUCAGCAGAAGAAAAAACCACUGUCAGAGACCUAUGAGAAAAAAAACAAGGUCAAAAAGAUCAUCAAGUUAUUGGAUGGAAAACGAUCUCAAACUGUGGGAAUCUUGAUAUCUAGUUUGCAUUUAGAAAUGAAGGAUAUCCAGCAGGCCAUUUUCAAUGUGGAUGACUCUGUGGUUGAUCUGGAGACCCUGGCGGCCUUAUAUGAAAAUAGAGCCCAAGAAGAUGAAUUGGUUAAAAUAAGAAAGUAUUAUGAGACAUCCAAAGAGGAAGAAUUGAAGCUGCUGGACAAACCUGAGCAAUUUUUACAUGAGUUAGCCCAGAUCCCUAAUUUUGCUGAGCGUGCUCAGUGCAUCAUCUUCAGAUCUGUCUUUUCCGAAGGCAUCACCUCCUUGCAUCGAAAGGUAGAGAUCAUCACACGAGCUUCUAAGGGCUUGCUGAACAUGAAAAGUGUGAAGGAUAUUUUAGCUCUCAUUCUGGCUUUUGGAAAUUACAUGAAUGGAGGAAAUAGGACUCGGGGACAAGCAGAUGGAUACAGCUUAGAAAUUCUGCCCAAACUCAAGGAUGUCAAAAGUCGGGAUAAUGGGAUUAAUCUGGUGGACUAUGUCGUGAAAUACUACCUGCGUUACUACGAUCAGGAAGCAGGAACAGAAAAGAGUGUUUUCCCCCUGCCUGAACCACAAGAUUUCUUUCUGGCUUCCCAGGUCAAGUUUGAAGACCUCAUCAAAGACUUGAGAAAACUGAAGAGGCAACUGGAAGCAAGUGAGAAACAGAUGGCAGUGGUGUGCAAGGAGUCUCCAAAGCAGUACCUCCAACCUUUCAAGGACAAACUAGAGGAGUUCUUCCAGAAAGCCAAAAAAGAGCAUAAAAUGGAAGAAAGUCACUUGGAGAAUGCACAGAAAAGUUUUGAAACGACAGUAGGAUAUUUUGGGAUGAAGCCAAAGUCUGGUGAGAAGGAGAUCACUCCAAACUACGUGUUUAUGGUGUGGUACGAGUUCUGCAGUGACUUCAAGACGAUUUGGAAACGAGAGAGUAAAAACAUAUCUAAAGAAAGAUUGAAAAUGGCUCAGGAAUCAGUCAGCAAGUUGACAUCAGAGAAGAAAGUGGAGACAAAGAAAAUCAAUCCUACCGCCAGUCUGAAAGAAAGACUGCGUCAAAAGGAAGCCAGUGUGACCACCAACUAA